AUGCAGAAGCAGCAAAGGACGCUGAUGAGCCACAUUGAUCAGCAGAGGCAGAUCUUCACCCAGCAACAGCAGACCCUUAACCAACUACUGGCUGCCAUGGCCUGGCGACCUUGCCCACCUAGCAACAGUUGCUAUGACUGCGGAGAGGAGGGGCACUUUGCUCGAGAGUGUCCUAAACGGCUACCCCCAACCAGCAAUCAGCAAGGACAGCAGAACCAGAGGAGGCCACCACAAGCCCAGCAGCAACAGAAGGCGGGAAACGGAAGUCCUCUGCCGCAACCGGCCAUCAAGGUCAAGUUAGCUGGCGAGGAGGUGGAGUGUUUGAUUGACACCGGCUCCAUGGUAUCCCUGGUAACGGAGAACUUCUACAAGACGAAGCUCAAGAACGUUAGCGGAAGAGUGCAAGGCGGCGGAAAGAUGCUGAGUCUCCGUGGCGCGAACGGUCUUGAGAUCCCUUACCUUGGCUACCUAGAGCUGGACAUCACGGUUGGAGAGGUGACAAUCCCCAAGUGCGGAGUGCUGGUCCUGAAAGACACAGCAGCCAUUGUUAGACAGCGGAGGAAGCAGCCGGGAGUGCUGGGGAUGAACGUGCUGACCAAGAUCCCAAAGUGGGCAGAGGAGCUGGGAGGCAGCAUGUCAUCAAAAGAAGAGCAAAAACAGAAGAAGCGGAAGUUAGUCAAGGUCGCUAGAAGCAAGGCUGUGUGGGUCCCACCUCACUCGGUGAUGGACAUCGCUGUCACAGGCACACCCUGUGGGGCGAACGCACUGGUGGAGCCACUCGGUACGACCCUGCCAGGAAGGCUUCGUGUGGCGGCAACACUGGUGGACGCAUCCAGACCGAACUUCACCAUCCAAGUCAGCAACCCGACAGGAAGAGUAGUUCGACUGAAGAAGAGGACGUGUCUGGGCAGCAUCAUGCCAGCGGAGGCGACAACGAGGGAGCAGUUGACGUUCGCCGUAGGAGUCAGUGAGGUGGUGGUGUCCUGCAGUGCCGCCACAGACUGCCUAGGGGUGUCCUCACAGACCCCCGCCGGAGCUGCCACAACGCUGGAUGAAAGAAGGUCACCUGAACAGUCAUUACUAGACGGCUUCCCAGGGACAGAGGAGGACAGACGAGAGGCGCAGAGGAUAUUCAAGGAGUAUGCCGAUGUAUUCUCUAGAGAGGGGGAGGAGCUUGGAUGUACGUCAACCAUACAGCACCGGAUCCACACAGAGGAUGACAUUACAGUUAACCAACGCCACAGACGGAUUCCGCCAAACCAGUUCGAGGAGGUGAAGGAGCAUCUGCAAGUACUCCUGGACCGCGGAGUCAUCCAACCAAGCCAGAUUGACUACGCCUCCCCGAUUGUGCUGGUACGGAAGAAGUCUGGAACGCUGCGCCUGUGUGUCGACUACCGCCGCCUCAACGCGAAGAGCCGACGCGAAGCAUACCCCCUUCCACGGAUAGACGAGUCGCUGGAUGCCCUUGGAGGGGCGCGAUACUUCUCGACGAUCGACUUGGCAUCUGCAUAUAAUCAGGUGGAGGUCCAUCCAGCAGACAGACACAAGACGGCGUUCACAAGUCCAAUGGGGUUGUUCGAGUACAACAGAAUGCCUUUUUGCUUGUGCAACGCGCCAGCCACCUUCCAACGUCUUAUGACGAACAUCUUCCGGAGCGACAUCCUGAAGACCCUGCUGGUGUCCCUAGACGACAUCAUCGUCUAA